UGGCCCGGCGCUUCUUCGUGUGCAGUGACAGGCGCGGGGCCAGCUGCGACGAGUACGUAGCGGGCAGGCGCGGCGCGAGGUGCCCGUCCUGCCGGGGGCGGAUGGACGCGGAGGCGCCGCGCGGCGCGCCCGGGGCCGGCUGCUCCCGGCACGGCGGGCAGCAUCAGGGCGGGGCGGCGGCGGCGGCCCUGACGUGCACCCUGAUGGACGACCUCUCCAUCGGACCCCCCGCCCGCACCGUCCUUGCGCUGGCCACCGGCGCCGCGGGGGCGGCGGGCAAGAGGCGCGUCGUCGUCGACCCCGCCGCGGUCCAGGAGGCGACCGUGCGGCUCGGCCACGAGGAGGGUUUGGAGAUUCUUAGGGCAUCGCUGCAGUCGAGCACCGUCUUCACGGAUGUUUUCCUCCGAGGUGGGAUGGCACCGACGCUCGAAUUUGAGCCAGUCUCACACUCGUUAUUGGGUCUUGGAAAUGUGCACAAGUGUAUGCGCAUGCAUUAGAUGCAUUCUAGGCUACUAGUAGUGUGUGACCAUCUUUUGCUGACCGUCCAUUGUUUGGAUGGUGAUUCAUCAAGAGCUUAGUGCUGCUUAGCUUGUACUAGUAGCAUGUGCUGAUGUGCCACGGUAGUAGCACCUAUAUUAAAGGGUUGUUUGUCUCGACGCAAAAUAGGUG